UACUGUCUUUUACGGCAACAAUAGUGAUUUCUUAUCAAUAGUUCAGUGCAUAUAGAGAAGUGAGAUUACUUAUAUUAAAGUUGGUUCAGAUUUAUAAAUAAAGUUCAACGAGGGAAAAAAUAAAGUUAAUGAAUAGUACUACUAGUAUAACUGUGAUUUCAAUUCCUUCUUAUAAUGGGUAGCAUUGAUAGAGCAUGCAUAUCUGGAUUUCUUUGUCGUCUUUGCUCUGAAAUGCACAGAAUAGUAAUACAUAUAUAUGGUGAUCAGGGCAGGAAAUUAUGUUUAGUAGAAAAGAUUAACGGGUAUCUGCCAAUUACCAUUUCUCCAACGGAUCCUUUACCUAAAACUAUAUGUGAGACAUGUUUAAGAAGAGUGGAACAACAUUAUGACUUGCUGAUGAGACUAACGCGAAUAAAACAAGGCAACUUUCCUAAAAUCAAAAAGGAUAGCCGCGCAACUGAACAUCUUUAUGUGAGAAAAGAAUGGCAAAGUCGUACUCAAUAUGAGCCUGGACAGCAAAACGUCUCCGCUGAACCACUUGUAAAUCCACAAGACAUUUUCCUGCCACCUCUUCACAUUAAACUAGGCCUUAUAAAGAACUUCGUCAAAGCAUUAAACAGUGAAGAACCGGCUUUUCAGUAUUUAACUCAACAAGCACUUCGUACCAUAGGUGACGUUUCUAGUACAGAUGUUUCUGAUGAUGAACAUUUUGACCUUACUAUAUCUCAGGAAGCGCGAAAUUCUAUAAGGGACACAAAUGUACUACAAUUAUCAACAGAUGUUUCGUCCCAAUCGUCAUUAAUUGGUACGAUGCAAGCGACUACUGAAUAUAUUAGCCACCUACCCUAGAAAUAACUAAACUAUGGAGAGUAUAUUAAGAAUACGAGAUGAUUAUGCCGAUGUGCGAAAAAAAUAUUAAAUAUCAUGUAAAUGACAGUUUCUAAAUCGCAUACAUUAUUAAUAUUAGAAUUUAAAUUUUUGGGUGUAUAUUCGACUUAGGUUAAAUAAAAUAAUAGCAAUAAGACAAAUACAAUUAAAAGUUAUGUAACUCCAAAGAGCAUUUUAUGCAAUAAGAUUUAAACACUUUGCAGGUGCUAUUUGGAAAUUAAA